AUGGCGCUCGUAAACAUUCCGCGCGAUCGGGACGACCCGAACUACCGAUACAAAAUGCCCAAGUUGGUGUCCAAAAUCGAAGGUCGAGGAAACGGCAUCAAAACCAACAUUUUCAACAUGGGAGAAAUCGCCAGGGCCUUGAAACGCCCUCCCAUGUACCCCACGAAAUUCUUCGGUUGCGAGCUUGGAGCCAUGGCCAAGUUCGAGGAGGCCGAAGAAAAGGCUCUCGUCAACGGCGCCCACAAAGAGUCUGACCUCGUCAACAUUCUGGACAAGUUCAUUCAGAUGUACGUCCUGUGCCCGGGGUGCGAGUUGCCAGAGAUCGAUUUGAUUGUGAAGAAGGGACUGCUCACCUGCAAAUGCAACGCCUGCGGCUACCAAGGCUCGUUGGACAACGUCCACAAGGCAGCGACGUACAUGGUCAGGAACCCGCCUGACGCGGGUUCUUCCACGAUGGGGAAGAAGAAGAAAUCCAAGGAAGAGCGCCGCUCAGAGAAGCAGGAGAAGCUUGCGAAGGACGGGAAGGAAAAGAAGGAAAAGAAGAAGAAGAGAACUGACGACGACGAGGAAUCCGGAGACGACGACGCCCACAACGGCAAGCACGACGGGUCCGGCGACGCCACUCCGACCCACGACGCAGAGACGGAUAGCUGGGACGACGAGAAGACCGAGAAAGAGAAGAAGAAGGAGAAAAAGAAGAAGGACAAGAAGAAGUCCAGCACACUGGACUCAGAAAAGAAGCUGAUGCACAAGGAAGCCCUCGUGUUUGACAGCCCCGAGCUGAAAGAUGUGAUCGAGCGCCUGAGGAAUGUCGUCACACGCAGCGAGACAGUCGACCUCGCGUCAUUCUUCCACGAGAUGCGAAUGCUGCAAGUUUCCCAGGAUUUCGAUUCCAAGUGUCGUGUCUACGUGACGGUGGCAGCCAUUUUCAACGACGACAUGACUCCGACGUCUCUGGAAGAGCGGAUGCCGUACAUUUUGAAGGUUCUGGACACUUCUGUCUCCGCGAGCGACGUUUUGGACGCCUUUGGCUUUUACUGCCAAGAGAAGGGCGGUGCGGCGAUGGCCAGCUUCCCGUACUGUCUCCAAAAGCUGUACAACGCAGAAGCGCUCGAGGCGGAAGACAUCCUCAAGUACUACUCGGAAGACAAGGAGGAUCCCGUCUUCACAGCCUGCAAGAAACAGGCGGAGCCUUUCCUCCACUGGCUCGCCGAGGACGAAGAAUCCAGCGAAGAAGACUGA